GAAAACCGGGAGGGAGUAGGGGAGUAGUGGGGUAGUAGUUUAUAAAAGUCGCAGGCGAGACCCAAGCAUUACAAUGUUACAGCAAACCCAAUGAACAAAUAAAACGUGCAUUUGUAUAUUUUCUGUUUAAGAAAAUCUGUAUUUUAUUGGCGUUCCGGUACUUUCAGAUUUAGGAGUACAGCACUGAUAGUGAGGUGUGGCCACACACUGUGAUUGACACUUUAAAGGGUUAGUUCUGAAUUGUAGCCUCCACCUCGUCCUGCUCUUACUUCUUGCUGGCAGUGAUUCGUUAUCAGAGGUGUAUGUGUGCAUAUACAGCAAUGGGUUUCGUAGAUCUGAUUCUAAUUUCUCUAGGAGCCAUAGUUGCACUGGUGUAUGUUCUAAAAUUCAUCAAGCUUGUGAAGAUCCUUUUUCCAAAGACCUGGUGUCCCCUGUCUCGGUCUUUCUUUUCAUCACUGGGAGAGUGGGCAGUUAUCACUGGAGGAACAGAUGGAAUCGGUAGAGCAUAUGCCUUUGAGCUUGCAAAGCGUGGAAUGAAUAUUGUUCUCAUCAGUAGAACUCUUGAGAAGCUCAAUAAGGUUGCCAAGGAAAUUGAAGACGACACAGGAAGAAGUGUGAAAGUAAUUGCAUCAGACUUUACCAGAGAAGAUAUUUAUGAAAACAUAGAAGACAACCUAAAGGGCCUUGAUGUGGGUAUUUUGGUCAACAACGUUGGGAUGCUUUUCAGCCCCAUACCUUGUCGUUUUCUUGAUGUGGAAAAUCUUGACACGGCUAUAACAAACCUCAUCAACUGCAACAUGAAGUCUUUAGUAAUGAUGUCCAAGAUCAUUUUGCCACAUAUGGAAAAGAGAAAGAAAGGAGUGAUUCUAAACCUGUCCUCAGGUACAGGUUGUUUUCCUUGUCCAUUGUACAGCAUCUAUUCAGCAUCAAAGGUUUUUGUUGACAGAUUUUCAAGGGGUCUUCAAGCUGAAUACGGAUAUAAAGGAGUCAUUAUUCAGUCUGUAGCACCUUAUGGAGUUUCCACCCCUAUGACACUAAACCAGAAGGCUAAUAUGGUAAAUAAAACCGCAGAGGACUUUGUAAAUGAAUCAUUGGACCGCGUUUUGGUUGGGGACCACGUCCAUGGAUGCUUUGCUCAUGAAAUUCUGGCAUUGAUAAUAAAAACAAUUCCAUUAUGGGUCCUGCACAGCAGCGUAUCACAGGAGAAAGCCAUCGAUUAUGUAAAGAACAGGUUGUCUUAAUCAGACAUGUGAAGAUUUCAUUUGAUCUUUACGCAUAUCUAGAGACGGGCUUAAUACCGACUGCUCAUUUUGUAUUUAUAGCAGCUAUGGGGUAUGUUUUAGAUUUUAGAUUGUAACGUUUGGCUAUCUGGGGUGGCAGGGAAAUGUAUAAUCUAACAU